UAAGUUAAAGAAAGCAACUGGUUGAUGGAACUUGACAAGGCGGUGGAAUUAGUUUGUGAAAGGCCGUAAUAUUGGAUUUUAAAAAAAAUAAAGGAAGGCACGACAAACGGAAUUACAAACAAGCACAUGUCGAAGAUGGAGUUGUGUGAUCUAUUGUUGUUAAUGGCCUCAGGAGUCACCCUUGUCCUGGCAAAUGAUGUUACUGGGGGUUAUCAUUCUCUCUCUUAUCUGUGUGAAGCUCAACCUGACCGUUUCCACUGCCUUGAUUGCAAGAGUUUGGUCGUGUGUGUAAACGGACAAGCCUUCGUUCGUCGCUGCAUCGAAGAUCAUUACUGCACAGAUAAGAGUAUGUUUGGAGGUAGUGUGUGCUAUCCUAAUGAACCUGCAGAGUGCACUUGUGAGAGGCCAUAUGUAUUUCGUGUGGACUACUAUGACCCACAGAAAUUUUUCUCAUGCGAUGGUGUAAGAUCCAAACCAGAAUUUUACAAGUGUCCAGAUGGUAUGGUGUUUGAUGAGAACCUUACACAGUGUCGCAAUGAAGUGGGUCUACCACCUUGUACAAAGCCUGGGACUUUUGUUAAUCCAAAAAAUUGUAGUGAAUACUACUCUUGCAUUGCCCUUAUACAUGGAUGGCUGCAAAAAUUCUACCUCUGUAAUGGUAAAACCUUUUUCAAUGAGGAAAAACAAAUUUGUGAAGAUCCUUGCAUGUACAAGUUCAUGUGCGAGAGUGAGGGACGCUUCCCAGACCCUGUGAACAAGCAUAGAUACUUUGAAUGUUACUUAAAAUCUGGUCAAUUUGUAGAGAUGCGGUAUCAAUGUCCAGAGGGGUAUAUAUGGUACACUGUAUCAUCAGGAGUUGGCAAGUGCAUGGAGGACUCUAGAAUCAGGCAUAUGGAUCACAACUUUGACCACUGCCCCCUGCCACAAGACUGGUGCCCCAGAAAUGGAACUGGAACCUCCUAGCAAGACGCAAAUGUCUCUUGGGUCAAGUCCAAGCCUAAGAACUGAUGUACAUUAUACUUGUAAUUUUAAAUAAAUAUCCCCUAUUUA